CAAACAUCCAUUGAAUUUCAACAGAGUUAAUAUUUUUCCUAUUAAGUCCAUAAUUAGACCUACAUCAUUUUCUUCUUCCUGUCAGCCAUCAUUGUCAUGUAGAGGCUCUGCCCACAACAUCCUGACUAUAGUUAACCAUUAGGCAAUAUGAUGUACAUACGCAGAUACAUUUGUUCUUGUGACAGUAGUACAGUAGCAUUGGUAGUAAAGAGUAAGAGUUUGACAGAUUCAGCUCAAUGGACUCUACACAUCAAUUUGGGAAAUACCGAGUGGAGCGAGAAGUGCUUGAUGAGCAGAGACUGGAAGAGGUUACACAGAGAAAAACAUACUCGGACACUCACCCUUCUCUAAUUGAACACCUUAAAAAAUCCCUAAGAUGUACAGUACCCAAACUGAAACAAAGUGUGGUGAGCAGCUUGCCUGUGUUGUACUGGCUGCCCAAGUACUCAAUUUGGGACUAUGGGAUGCCUGACCUCAUCUCCGGAAUCAGUGUGGGAAUAAUGCACCUUCCACAAGGUUUGGCAUAUGCAUUGUUGGCUUCCUUACCUCCUGUAUUUGGGCUCUACACGUCGCUUUAUCCAGCAUUGAUCUACUUCUUUUUUGGAACAUCACGUCAUAUCUCCAUUGGUACAUUUACAGUGCUUAGCAUCAUGGUGGGUAGUGUGACAGAAAGACUUGCUCCAGACCUGAAUUUCCUCAUUACAAAUGGGACCACCAUCACUGCAGAGGUGAACAUAAUUGCCAGGGACUUAUACAGGGUGGAGGUGGCAGCUGCUACUACUGUCCUAGGAGGACUUAUUCAGGUGGCACUGGGUUUGGUGAAGUUUGGAUUUGUGGGAACAUACUUGUCUGAACCUCUGGUGCGGGCUUACACAACAGCUGCUGCAGCUCAUGCUGUUGUGGCACAACUGAAAUACAUCUUUGGAGUUUCACCAACACGGUUUAGUGGUCCCUUGUCGCUGGUGCAUACUUUAAAAGAUGUUUGCUCCUUGCUGCCACACACUCAUUUUCCAACACUGGUGGUCAGUGCUGUGUCCAUGGUGUUUCUAAUUGCAGCCAAGGAGCUCAACUCUUAUCUCAGUCCGAAGCUGCCAGUGCCCAUCCCAGUGGAACUCAUUACAAUUGUGGCAGGUACGUUGAUAUCAACCUAUACCCACUUGAACAACAACUACACUAUUUCAGUUGUUGGAGUAGUUCCUAGUGGUCUUAGUUUUCCCAGUGUACCAGAUGUGAGUCUUUUUAGAGAAGUAAUUGGUGAUGCGUUUGCAUUGGCUAUGGUUGGAUAUGCCGUAUCCAUUUCACUUGGAAAAACAUUUGCACUGAAACAUGGAUACAAGGUGGACAGUAACCAGGAGCUGGUGGCGCUCGGUCUCAGUAAUGCAGUGGGAGGCUUCUUCCAGUGCUUCUCAGUCUGCUCCUCCAUGUCUCGAAGUCUCAUCCAAGAGAACACUGGAGGAAAAACACAAAUGGCUGGAGUUGCCUCUGCUCUGAUUGUGUUGGUGACUAUACUGAAACUUGGACCCCUGUUCAAGGAGCUCCCAAAGGCAGUUCUUGCAGCGAUUGUCUUAGUUAAUCUGAAGGGCAUGUUCAAGCAGCACUUUGACAUUGUUACACUGUGGAGAAGCAGCAAGAUUGAUCUGGUGGUGUGGUUGGUCACUUGGGUGUCAACACUGCUGCUCAAUCUGGAUCUGGGUCUCGCAGCAUCGAUCAUCUUUGCUCUACUUAGUGUUAUCUUCCGAACUCAGCUGCCAACAUACUCUGUUCUGGGAAAUGUUCCGGGUACAGAACUGUACGUGGAUAUAGAGACCCACACAGAGGUGAGAGAGAUUCCAGGUGUUACUAUAUUUCGCUCUUCUGCUACGGUAUAUUUUGCCAAUGCUGACCUCUACCUUGAGGCUCUGAAAGAAAAGAGUGGGCUUGACAUCAGUAAAAUGAUUAUCUAUAAGAGGAGACAGGAGGCCAAACAGAGGCGUAGAGAAAGGAGGGCUGAGAGACGGGCAAAAAGGCAAGCCAAGAAAGAGAGACAAGCACAGAGAGCAGGUAAACAGAUGUCUGGAGCACCGGUGUUCUCUGUGGAGGAAGAGGCCGGACGCUGGAGGGACACAUGCGUGGAUGGGAAUGUUACAGACAAGGAGGAGCAGGGCUUGACAAAGAGGGAGAAUGGGACAGUGUUUGUCAUUCCAAACACUCCUAGAACACCAGACGACCCCUGUAGAUGGGAGUACCUCAAGGGAGGAGAACCAGACUGCACCAGCAUAGGGUGGAUGUCUGAGCUGCAGGACGGGGACACCACCACCCUGGGCUCUAGCAGUGAUGACACGCUGAGUCACGAUCUGGAGCGGGUCUCUCUUGGGUCACUGGGCAAGUGGACCUGGGACAUUCACUCCAUCAUUAUCGACCUGUCCACCGCUAACUUUAUUGACACAGUGGCUAUCAAGACUAUGAAAAAUAUUUUCCAGGACUUCAGUGAGAUUGAUGUAGAUAUCUACUUGGCUGGUUGUCAAGCUUCUGUGGUGGAACAAUUAGAGCUUGGUGACUUCUUCUCAGAGUCAAUUACUAAGAGGCGUCUUUUUGCCUCCAUUCAUGAUGCUGUGCUCUACUGUCUGGACCACCGUGGAGCAACAUCGUUUCCCAGAUAUGAGCCAUCUGUUGACACAAACAGCAGCACAAAACUUUGAGGAUUUCAACCAAACUGGACAACCAGCACUGAAGAUGGAGAAAACUAUCUAAAAACUCUUAAUUGAAAAUGAAUAGAUGCUGAUGAUUGUUGAGUUAUAUCUAUUAGGGGUUUUACAAUUCUCCAAGUCCACUGAUUUAAUUUGACUUUCAACUUUAAGGUCAUGAAUUGUUUUAAUUUAAAAAAAAGAUUUUAAACAGGGAAGGCAAUGCCACAAACAAACCACU